AUGGGGGGGGUCCCGCAGCCGUGGCUGGGGCUUGGGGGGGGUCCCGGGGCCAUCGAUGGGGGUCCCAGUGUCCCCCCAGCCCCACAGAUGGACGGGGCCCGGCGCAGGGUGGAGCUGCUGGAGGAGCAGCUGCAGAGGGCGGGGGCAGCACUUGGGGGGUCCCUGGGGGUCCUGCCGCGCCUGCGCCGGGAGCUGGAGGGGCUGCGGGGGGAGCGGCGGCGGCUGCGGCGCCUCCUGAGGCGGCGGCUCCAGGAGCUGGAGGAGACGCAGCGGCAGAUCGAGGCUGAGCUGGAGCGAGCGGCCGCGGCCCAGAGAGACAGGGUCCCGCAGGUGUCCCGGGGGUCCCGGGGGGGCUCCCGGGGGUCCCGGGGGGCGCAGGACGAGGCCGAGCGGGAGCGGGGCCGGGAGCGGCAGCGGCGCCUGCGGAGCUUCCUGGGGGCCAAGCAGAGAGCGCGGCCCCACCCGGGUACGGGGGGGGCAAUUGGGGGGGAGGAGGAGGAGGAGGAAGAGGCCUGGACGGACGGGGACGCCCAGAGCUUCUCGCGGUUCCUGCUGCUGACGGAGCAGCACCGGGAGCUGCAGGAGCUGCAGCAGCAGGUGGAGCAGCUGCGGGCAGCGGUGGCAGCAGCCGAGACCCCCGAGGAGCCGGGGGGACCCCCGGGGGACCCCGAAACUGAGACCCGGGAGCUGCGGGAGCAGGAGCGGAGGGGGAGGGAGGAGCUGGAGCAGCUGAGGGCAGGGCUGGCGGAGCUGCUGGCCCAGCUGGAGGAGGGACGGGGGGACCCCGACCCCAAUCCCGGGGACCCCCCCGGGGACCCCCCCGGGAUCGGGGACCCCCCCGGGAUCGGGGACCCCCUGUGGGAGCAGCUGCGGCUCCUGGAAGUUGGGGUGACCCGGCUGCUGCUGCGGGGGGGGGGCACCCCCGGCUCCGGUCCUGGCAGGGAACGAGGCCAUUUGGAGCCGCCCCCCCCCUCCACGCCCCCCCAGCCCCAGGGAGGACCCCCCGGGGGGGGAGGAAGAGGAGGAGAGACCCCUGAGCCCCGGCGAGCUGCGGGAGAGGGUCCUGAGAGAGGUGCUGAGCCGCGAGGGACCCCCCCUCCCCACCCCCCGGCUGAAUUUGGGGGGUCCCCGGGCCCCCCGCGAGCCCUGAGCCCCCCCCUCACCCCCAUCGGACGUCGGGGUCCCCCCACCCAGCCAUGUUCCCGUCCCCCCCCCCGUCGCCAUGGCAACCAAGUAAAUAUUUGGGGCGGUCGCGGUCGCGUUGCCCCCGGCAACGGCCAAACUUCCCAAAACAGCGCGAAACGGCCCAAAACGAGCCCGGGGGGGAGGGGGAAGUGGGGGAGGGGCGGGGGCGCCGCCCUUUGUCCCCCGUGUCCCCCACCCAGGGGCUGGGGACACACGUGGCUGCCCCUCCCCCGCUUUGGGGACACCCCAGGGACCCUCCCCCCAGAGCCCCCCCCUCCCCCUUCGUGGUGAUGCCCUGACGUCAUCGCCCGGGACCCCCUGACGUCACACCGCUCUGGCCACGCCCCGGUGGGCACCGCCCGGAGUGACACGGCUGGGACCGGCCCGGCGGAGGGACCCGAACCCGCCCGAGGGGACCCGAACCGGGAGGAGCCGAACCGCUCCGGAAACACCCGAACUUGGACUCGAAGGGGGACCCGAACGCUCCCGGAGGGAUCCGAACCCGCCCGGGGGGGGCCCGAACGAGGACCCGAAGCUGUCCGGAGGGACCCGAAGGUACCCGAGGGGACUCGGACCCGCCUGAGGGGACUCGGACCCGCCUGAGGGAACCCGAACCGGGAGAAUCCCGGAACGUCCCGAGACACCCGAACCGGCAGCGUCCCGCGCUAAGGAACCCGAACCGGGAGAAUCCCGGAACGUCCCGAAACACCCGAACCGGCAGCGUCCCGCGCUAAGGAACCCGAACCGGGAGAAACCCGGAACGUCCCGAGACACCCGAACCGGCAGCGUCCCGCGCUAAGGAACCCGAACCGGGAGAAUCCCGGAACGUCCCGAAACACCCGAACCGGCAGCGUCCCGCGCUAAGGAACCCGAACCGGGAGAAACCCGGAACGUCCCGAGACACCCGAACCGGCAGCGUCCCGCGCUAAGGAACCCGAACCCGCCC